AUGGCUCCCUCUCAGAAACGCAAGCCGAUUGACGACGACUUUGUCCACACAAUCUCCGACAAUGACGAGGACAUUGUCGAGGAAGAAGAGGCUGUUGCGCCGCCCCCGAAGAAGAAGGUGAAGACCGCCAAGAAGUCGAAGAAGUCUAAGAAGGGUGAGGAAGAGGAGGAGGAAGAGCGCGAAGGCAUCUGGGGCAAGAAUGAAGACGACGACGGUGCCAUGGACUCCGACUUCGAGUUUGCCCAAGACGGCGCUGUCGAAUUCGGCGACGACGAGUUCGAGGGCUGGGGCUUCGACGGCGCAAAGAAGUCCAUGAAGAACCAGGAUCCGGUUGGCGUCGAUUUGGAUGAGAUCAUUCGCAGGAGGCGCGCGAAGAAGACUGGCAACGAGGAGCCCGAGGCCGCCGUAGAGGAGGAGGCUGGCGACGACGAAGAGGUAGAGAACGACAUGGAUAUCGACCUCGACGACGAUGAAGAUGGAGUGCUUGCCGACGACGCCUUCGGUAUGGGUGUUGACCCUGAGAACGAGGAGUCUGCCGACGAGGAGAUCCCCGACGCGGAAGACGCAGAAGACGAUGACGCCGCUGCAUCAGACAACGACUCCGUUGCGACACCCGUAGACCACCCCGACGACGCUCGCGACGAUUCAGACGACGAAGAGGAGGAUGCAGAGGAACAAGCCAAGCGCGAUGCCUUCUUCGCGCCAGAGGAGCCCGCACAGCCCGGCAAGAAGGAUAUCGCUUCAUCAUUCCAGGGCAUGUCUCUGUCGCGUCCCCUGCUCAGAGGUCUUGCCGCCGUUGGCUUUUCCAAGCCCACUCCCAUUCAGGCCAAGACCGUGCCUAUCGCUUUGAUGGGCAAGGACGUCGUCGGUGGUGCAGUCACUGGUUCCGGAAAGACGGCCGCCUUCGUUGUGCCCAUUCUCGAGCGUCUCCUCUACAGGCCCAAGAAGGUGCCCACCAGCCGUGUCGUCAUCCUCACCCCUACCCGUGAAUUGGCUAUCCAGUGCCACGCCGUCGCUACCAAGCUGGCAGCCUAUACGGACAUCAAGUUCACACUGGCUGUUGGUGGUCUGAGUCUGAAGCAGCAAGAGGUCGAACUCAGGUUGCGGCCAGAUGUCAUCAUUGCCACCCCCGGUCGUUUCAUCGAUCACAUGAGAAACUCUGCCAGCUUCAACGUCGACACGGUAGAGAUUUUGGUGCUUGAUGAGGCCGAUCGUAUGCUCGAAGACGGUUUCGCCGACGAACUGAACGAGAUUCUCACCACACUCCCCAAGUCAAGACAGACCAUGUUGUUCUCUGCUACCAUGACAUCGUCUGUCGACCGCCUGGUCCGCGUUGGCAUGAACAAGCCUGCCAGAGUCAUGGUGGAUUCCCAAAAGAAGACAGUCGGCACCCUGGUGCAAGAGUUCAUCCGCCUGCGUCACGGCCGUGAGGAGAAGCGCAUGGGCUACUUGAUUCACAUCUGCAAGACGAUGCACACCGAGAGGGUCAUCAUCUUCUUCCGCCAAAAGAAGGAGGCUCACAGGGCAAGAAUCAUCUUUGGUAUGCUGGGAAUGUCUUGCGCCGAGCUACACGGUAGCAUGAACCAGGCUCAGAGAAUUGCCAGUGUAGAGAACUUCCGUGACGGCAAGGUUAACUACCUCUUGGCUACCGAUCUUGCGUCUCGUGGUCUCGAUAUCAAGGGCGUUGACACCGUCAUCAACUACGAGGCGCCCCAGAAGCUAGAGAUUUACGUGCACAGAGUCGGUCGUACUGCGCGUGCCGGCAGAAGCGGUACCGCCGUCACCCUGGCUGCCGAGCCGGACCGCAAGGUCGUCAAGGCCGCGGUCAAGGCGGGCAAGUCCCAGGGGGCCAAGAUCAUGAGCCGUGUCAUCGAGCCUGCGGAAGCAGACAAGUGGCAGGCCCAGGUCGACGAAAUGGAAGAUGAGAUUGAGGAGAUCAUCGUCGAGGAGAAGCAAGAGAAGCAGUUCGCGCAGGCCGAGAUGCAGGUCAGGAAGGGAGAGAACAUCCUCGAGCACGAGGCCGAGAUCAAGUCCAGGCCGAAGAGGACAUGGUUCGAGACGGAGCAGGACAAGAAGAAGGCCAAGGACGCGGGCCGGGCCGAGCUCAACGGCGAGGGUGGCCCGGGCAAGAAGAAGGUGAAGAUGAGCAACAAGGCCAGAAAGCAGCUCGACGCCAAGGCCACGAGGAGCGAGGGCCACGUAUGGAAGAAGGGCAAGGCGGAGCGUGCUGGACAAGGCGCCGUGCUGAACCUCAAGAAGAAGAAGGUCCCCAAGAACGGCAGAAUGAGGGCGAAGAUGGCCCGUGGAAAGAGCCUCGUGCACUUCUGGUCUGCCUCGUUGAGCCUCGGACGAGUAAUCGACGCCGCUAAGCCCACGACCUGCCGCCUCCGGAGAACAGACGACGCGGAGGGACCCUUCCUGCAUUACGAACAAAACCAGGGCCGUCCCGCACCCCAUCGCGCCCGUCUUGGAAUCUUGUCCAAGGCACCUACAACGAUCAAGCUGGCUCCCUUCAGGCCCUUCAGGCGAUUUGGACCCCCGCAUCCGCAUCCUCAUAAUCGACUCAGUCUACUACGAUACCUCUUCCCGCGAACCGUCCGAGAUCGAUAUCGCGAGCGCGUGCUCAACUUCCGGCUCGACACCCUUCCGCAGCUCAAGCAUCGCUUCCAGUCCCGCAUAUACCGGUUGAUUCUUGAGCGCCAGCGCAAGCGGAACGAGCAGUCGCGGCUCGUCGACGUAGUCAGGCGGCAAAGUCGCCGGCUGCUCUUGGGCCCACCCCCAGCGAGGCCGGCGAGGCAUGCGAGAGCAGGACGCCCAGGCAAAAAGAUGCCCACUUGGUCAGACUACACAGGCAACGGAGGAGGAGGAGCUGCGGCCAACUCGAGCCGCAAUGGGGACGGGAACGGCUACGGAUAUGGCGCGGCGCCAGAGGGCGAGCCGGCACAAGGCGAGCGAGGUUUCCGUCGGAAAUGGCUGGCUGCAAAGGCAGGCAGCAUGUACCGCGCCGGCGCAGUUGCGAUGAAUGAAAUAAGAGAAGGAUAUGCGCAGACGCGGGUGCGGUCGCUUGAAGCAGACGACGGCAUGCCGAGGACGACGAUACCCGGAUCAUUCCCGGAUGUUGCAAUCACGGUGCAAGGCGACGACCAGAUGGUCAUCUUUCCGUCCUACGCGAAACGACACACCAAGCAAGAUUGGGGCGACGACAACGAGUACAUCUCAAAUGAACCACACGGGGCUAUUAGAGAUUCGGAGUACUGGAGGCAAGAGUGGGAGCGCAACGAAGACGAGAGGGCAAUCGUGGAUAUCGACGUUAGAGGAUGGGUUUACUCGCCGCACAAAGGGCCCAUGACCAGACGCAAUCGGAUUCUCAUUGGGCUCGCGCGCCAGUUGAGCGGCAUCCCCGCACCCAGGCAGGAUGCCCCUCCCUCGGAUUCGCUAGGGGCGCUUCACCAGUCCCACGAAGAGAGGAGGGAGCAGGAGAAAAUUGCGAAAGAGGCGGCAGAGAUUGAGAAAAGAGGCCAGGAGGAGAGGCGCGUGGCAAAUCGUGGUGGCUUCAGCGAAGCGGCACGAGAGGAGGACGACGAUGAUGCCGGUAGCAUAUAUCCCGCGAGGUCAAGAUCCCGCAGUGGCACCCGGACGCCCAUGACAGCCCCGGGGUCGCCCAAGAUGCCAGCUAGGCAGUACACGAACGGCAACGAGCUGUCGGAGGCUGAAUUAUCCGUCGCAAACGCGAACCUCAUGGCUAGGAUAGCGCCAUUCAUGACGACACCCCUGAUCCAGCUUCCCAUCACCAUAUUCUUCUACAACGAUGAGAAGUCGGCUUCGCGGACGGUGCAGACCAAUGAUGCCGGCCACUUUGUCAUACGAGCCGCCUUGGAUUUUGUUCCGACACAUGUCCGAGUCCUAGCCAACCAAAGCCUGUCGGCAGUUCAAGAAGUCAAGAUCAUUGAACCAAGGGGCGUUAGUCUGAUUAGCGAUAUCGACGACACCAUCAAGAGGUCCAAUAUCUCAGGCGGCGCGAAGGAGAUCUUCCGCAAUACGUUCAUCCGCGAGCUGAAGGACUUGACGGUCGAGGGCGUCAAGGAGUGGUACAACGAGCUGCACGCGAUGGGCGUCAGCAUACACUACUGCUCCAACAGCCCAUGGCAGUUAUUCCCAGUUUUGGCAAGCUACUUUAUGAUUGCCGGCUUGCCUCCUGGGUCUCUCCAUCUCAAACAGUAUAGCGGUAUGCUCCAGGGCAUCUUCGAGCCGGUGGCCGAAAGGAAGAAGAGCACACUUACGAGGCUGAUGAAGGAUUUCCCUGAGCGGAAGUUCCUGUUGGUGGGCGACAGCGGCGAGGCUGAUCUGGAAGUCUACACUGAGCUGGUCGAGGCCCAUCCAGGACGAAUCAUUGCAGUGUUUAUCCGUGAUGUCACGACUCCUGAACAGAGCGGCUACUUUGAUUCAUCAUUCGAGGGCACCGCUCGCCAGAAGGCUCCAACAAUCAGACUUCAGGACAAGAGCGACGAGCCGGCAAACAGGCCUGGUCUGCCACCACGCGGCGAGAUCAAGACAGUUGGACCCGUCAUGGGCGAUCUGAUUGACUUCUCGGACGAGCCGGAACAGGCGAAUCUGGACGACGCGGCUGCGCUUGCCCAACUCAAGGCAAGGCCAAAACCUACCUCAAGUGCGAGCACGUCGGAUCUUGCUAUUCGCAAACCUCCACCGCCUCGUCCAGUCAAGCCAGCAGCCCUUCGCAGUGCUCCUUCAGACACGAAGGUGCCUACUCUGGGGUCUAAUGGCGGUUCUGCUCCGCCUCCGCCUGCACCGCGGUCGAGAAAGCCGUCCGCUGACCGAUCCGCCCCUCAUCCGCUGUCGCAAAUACACAACGCAUCGCAACAGACGGUUGGUAGCACCAGCAGCUUACCCAAAACAGCAAAGAUACCAGCGUCGACUACCCCAGAGGACAUGAGCAAAGCAUUCAAAGUCCCACCACCGCCACCACCUCCGCGCCGCAGAGACACCCCGUCCGGGGCCCGGAGCCUCAGCCCGCGGACGCUCAAUCGGCAGAGACUGUCAAAUAACGAUGACAUCGACUUUGAAGCCCUCCCACCGUCUGCCGGCCCUCAGCCGCCCGCGUUCGCUAAGACCAAGUCGAACAGCCUCAAGUCGGGAGCCACAUCUCCAACGUUGGGGUCUCCGACGAUGGGACCAACAUACCCCAACAGGAAGCACGAAUUAUGGAUGCGCCGUCUGCAGCGUGCGCAGGAAGUAUUGGAGCAGCAUGGAGUCGCCCUGUACACAUGGCGGAGAGGCGAUGAUGUUGUUGCUGAAGCAGUGGGCAUGGUAGAGGAAGAACUGAAAAGAGUAGGAAAUGGGAAAGGGAACGGAGAGAAGGAUGCCCGGGCGGACGGAAAGAGGUUUGAGAGGCAGUUGAAGGCGGAACAGCAACACAGGCAGCAGAGGCCGCCGCAACAGCAGUGGAGGUGA